AUGGAAUCGGCAGAAGUAACACAAAUUAAUAUUACAACAACAAAGAAUAAUAAAACCACAAUCAUACCAAUAUAUCGGCCACCUAAUAAGAAGGUUAAAACAUUUUUACAAGAAUUAGAAAAACUCUUAUAUGGAAUUAAUAGACAGAAUAAAUUAAUAAUUACGGGUGAUGUAAAUAUUGAUAUAAAGAAAAACAAUAAUACUACAAGCAACUACUUAAAUAUCCUAUCAUCCUAUGGCUUACAGUGUAUGAUAAACGAAGUUACCAGAGAAGACAAUAGCAAUCAAUCAAUGACAUGUAUUGACCAUUUAUUCGCAAGGUGGGAUAAACAAUUUGUUCAAGCUUAUGCAGCAAUAAUUAGAAUAGAUAUAUCGGAUCAUUUUGCAAUAUUUGGAAGCGUUGACGAAACAAAAUCGUCAUUGAAUCACACACAAGACAGACAGACAAACGAAACUUCUACGAUUAACAUCUCCAAAGUCAACCAACAAAUAAAUGACACAGACUGGGAACGAAUAAUCAUUUCAUCCAAUAAUACAAAUGAACUGUUCAAUAAUAUCUACAAAACAUUCAAUGAUAUCUAUACAAAUUUAACAAGCCAACAAACAAAACAUAAAAAAAGAAAUCCACACCCUUGGCUCAAUGAGCAUAUAUUAAAAUGUUCUAAAAAUGAUUAUUAUUAUCGCCAAUUUUUAAUAAAUCGAAACAAUAUACGAGGUACUUGGCAAAUCAUCAAUAAAAUCACCGGUAAGAAGACGGAAAACUUAAAUGAUACAAUAAAAAGAAACUUUAAAGAUGAAUCACUAAAAGAUAUAACCGAAAACUUUGCCCUAAAAUUCAAUGAAAAUGUUCUAAAAAUAGUACACUCAUGCUCAAUAACCACAUUAAAUGCAAACGCGGAAAAUAUAAUCAACAACUCACUUUAUAUAGAAUACGCGACUGAAGAAGAAAUUAAUAACAUACUGAAGACCUUGAAUAUAAGAAAAAGUGCAGGAAUAGAUAAUAUACGAGCAGUGGACUUAAAAAACCAUGCCAAUUUGUUAACACCAAUAAUAACAAAACUUAUUAAUGGAAGUAUUAGUGAAUCGUCCAUACCAAACAUAAUGAAACAAUCCAUCAUAAGACCAAUUUUUAAGAGCGGCGAAAAAACAGAUUACAAUAACUAUCGACCGAUAGCUGUUCUACCAGUCGUUGAAAAAGUAUUAGAGGAAAUCAUUGUAAGAAGACUAAACAGUUUUUUAAAGAAAUACAACAUCAUAAACAAACAGCACAAGGCCUUUGACACAUUGCCUCAUGAUAAAUUGAUAGAAAUGCUCGAAAGGAGCGGUAUCAGAGGACUCACAUUAAGGUGGUUUGCAGACUACCUCUCAUCCAGAUCGUUUUGUGUUAAAAUAAGUAACACAAGCAGUAGUAUGUUGAAUGCUCCAUACGGUGUACCACAAGGUUCGAAACUUGGUCCAAUCCUGUACAUCAUCUACUCAAAUGAGAUGGUACGUCAACUUAAAAACAGCACCGCGUUCACAUACGCAGACGAUACAGCCAUUGUAGUAUGCAACAAGUCAUUGAAUACUGCAAUAAAAACGCUGCAAAACGAGCUGGAUAUAAUCACUAGAUGGUGUCACGAUAGCGGCUUAAUCAUAAACUCAUCUAAAACCAAAGUAAUGCACAUCAGACCAAAAAGUAUACCAAAAUCAAAUAUUCAUAUCAUAUAUCACGACACAGAAUGUCUACAUAAAAAUUGCAAUGCAGUUAGCUUACAUGACAAGUGCAAUGGCAAAUGCAGUACAGAACUCGAGCUAGUGGAAACCUAUAAAUACCUUGGAGUUCAUUUGGACGACGGUUUUAAAUGGAAAGUACAUAUACAGCAUCUGCAAAAGAAACUACGACAAUCAGCCUACGCACUAUAUCAUCUCGUUAGAGAAUUCAUGGAUGAUGGCAGUUUAGCGAAGAAAAUAAAUCACAACCAAAAUACACGAAGAAAAAUCGAAGGCAAAUAUAUGGUGCCGAAAUUCAAGAACGAUUAUGGCAAAUACUCACUAUCUGUGGCACUACCUACUAUCAUCAACGAAAUUCCAACAAAUAUAACCAAGGAAAGAAAUUACAAUAUUAGAACCAAAUUAAUCAAAGAAUAUUACUUUAAUAAUUAA